CAACUUCCAAAACAGGGUUUACAUCUGAGUGAUGCGUAUACAAACCGCGAUGGAUAGCACCAGAGUACGCAGUGUGGGGUUUUAACUAAUGCUAGCUGCUAGGCGGUCAGAUACGUCUUGUUAACCUUAAUGUUAUGCAAUAUCAGAGGUUAAUAAAUAGAAAAUCUGGUCAUUGCAUAUAGCUUAUACACAUGUAUAUGGUCCUAUGCAUAGAUCUUAUGCGUGAAUGUCUAUGGUCGUGUGCUCAAUUUGUGACGUAUAUUUCUGGCGACUAUUUCGUAGCACCUACUAGUCGGCGCAUUUACAGGGGGUGCACGUUUGAACAGUUGAGGAAAAGAACUCCCUUUUUUGGGAGGGUUUUACUGCAAGUAUCACAGUAUUGUAUAUUAAAUUCGUUGCUCAUCGUAUGUAGCAAGGUUUUCAGCGUCUAUUGAGACUCGUUUACAUUCGGAUUAUUUGUUAGCCAGCAAACGAACUACCACAUCCGUAUUUCUGCGUUUUGAGCAGUUCUGCCACCAUGCCGGGAACGAAGCCAGUGAAGAGGGCAACCCAGCCAGAGGACGUAAAGCCCUCUAAAAAGGUGAAAGUGUCCCACAGCAGCCAUGGGAGGGAGGGGGGGCUGGUUCUGGUGUUGGGGCAGGGGGACGUGGGGCAGCUGGGCCUGGGGGAGGAUGUGCUGGAGCGGAAGAAGCCCGCUUUGGUCAGCCUGCCAGAGGGGGCGCUGCAGGCGGUGGCAGGGGGCAUGCACACAGUCUGCCUCAGCGAGACGGGAAAUGUGUACACAUUCGGCUGUAACGAUGAGGGCGCUCUCGGGCGUGAGACGGCGGAGGAGGGGGCAGAGAUGCUCCCUGGGAAGGUGGAGCUGAGCGAGAGGGUGGUGCAGGUCUCAGCGGGGGACAGUCACACCGCCGCCCUCACCGAGGAGGGGGCCGUCUACGCCUGGGGGUCCUUCAGGGAUAAUAACGGAGUCAUCGGUCUGCUGGAGCCCAUGAAGAAGAGCAUGUUACCUGUGAAGUUCCACAUUGACGAGCCGGUGGUUAAAAUCGCCUCAGGUAACGACCACCUGGUGAUGCUGACCCUCAGUGGCGCGCUGUACAGCUCCGGCUGCGGGGAGCAGGGGCAGCUGGGAAGGGUCCCCGAGUGCUUCGCCAACCGAGGGGGCAGGAAGGGCCUGGAGCGGUUGCUGGUUCCUCAGUCGGUGCACCUGCGCUCACGGGGGAAGGUGUGUUUCUCAGACGUGUUCUGCGGGGCGUACUUCACCUUCGCCGUGUCUAAGGAGGGGCACGUCUACGGCUUCGGCCUGUCAAACUACCACCAGCUCGGCACUCCCAGUACCAACACAUACUUCGCUCCUGUUAAACUCACCUCGUUCAGAAACUCCACCACCUCCUGGGUCAGCUUCUCCGGGGGCCAGCACCACACCGUCUGCCUCGACGCGGAAGGGAAGGUGUACAGUCUGGGCCGGGCCGAGUAUGGCCGCCUGGGGCUCGGUCGGGGGGCGGAGGAGAAGAGUGAGCCCACGCCCGUCCCAGGCCUAGACUCCGCCCAGGUCGUGGCGUGUGGAGCGUCGGUCAGCUACGCCGUCACCAAGCAAGGCUGUGCCUUUGCGUGGGGGAUGGGCACUAACCUGCAGCUGGGCACGGGGGAGGAGGAGGACGAGUGGGCGCCGGUGCAGAUGAGCGGGAAGCAGCUGGAGAAGCGCUCGGUCAUCAGUGUCUCCAGCGGCGGCCAGCACACCGUUCUACUGGUCCGGGACCAGCAGGAGUGCUGAUUGGCUGGCCAUGGAAGGGGGCGUGGCUCCCGCAGAUGGCCGACUCGGCGACCACAGCAAGGGGGGAAAAAAAAAAAAAGCGAGAAUUAUUUUUUUAAUCUAGUUAAACCUUUUUCCUUUCUUAAGUACUUUUAAGGAGACUCUUUAGUAUGGAUUCAGGGAUGCCAAUGUUCCAGGACUGUUGGCUGAUAAAUUGCACACACACACACACACACACACACACACACACAUACACACAUACACACACACCCUAUUGCAUUUUGGUGAAAGCAAUAAAAAGCCAAUCCGUGGCUACAGCUCGAACCCUCUCUUCACCGGUGAUGACAUCAUUGCGUUUUCAUGACAACACUCGAUCUGCCCAAAUUACAGCAACAACUUUUUUUUCUUCUUUUUUUGGAGCCCAGAAUUCCCAUCCAGUUUGUUGUAUUCUUGUCUUGCAAUGUUUAACUGUGGUGACCUCACCAAGUCCCGUCUUACCAUAAUGUUUCUUUGUACCGAUUGCACACACAUUUGCUGGCCCUAUUGGGAAAUGAAUAAAUUUACAUUUUUACCCGA